CAGCUGUGAAAUUAUUGAAGCUGAGAAUUGCUCAUCAACUUCCUUCCUUAACCUGAAUGCUUCUUAGCACUUGGUUCUGUUAUUUCAGCCUGCUUGAACUUUGCCAAGUUUUAGAAUGUGACAUCAUUUGAUCCCACUUGAACUGAAUCUAUUCAUACAUUCUUUCUCUGUUCUACAUUUUGUUCCUUUGGAUACACUCUGUAGAGAUGUGAAAGAGGUGUUUCGCAUAAUGUUAGAAGAGUCAACCAAUCACAAUGCCCAUUACUCAGGAGAAUGCUAUGUUCUAUCGUGCCCUUCUCCAUCAGUGGCUAAGGGACAACCUAAAAAUGGAAGCCAAUGGACCAGAGAAGACUUUGUAUCUAUCUGCCAUUCAGAAACUAACAGAAUACAUUCAAUUCAACUUUGUAUUAGAUGAGACGUUGUUGGAUCACAAGCAGAGCAUGAUGGAUAUGGAAAUCUGCACAGUUCAUCUAACCAAGGAUGAAAACAGCGAUGAGGUUCUUGGCCUUAGUUUUGGCAAUAUUCCUAUUUUUGGACACUGUGGUGAAAAACGUAGGGGAGGUAAAAAGAGGAAAGUACAAAAUGGACCAGUGCUUGAUGUUGGGUGUAUCUGGAUAACGGACUUGAAAAAACAGAGUCCGGCAGCAAGGUGUGGGAAGAUGAAGCUACGAGAUGAAGUCCUAUCAUUGAAUGGCCAGCUCAUGGUUGGUGUUGAUGUCUGUGGUGCCAGUUACCUGGCCGAGCAGUGCUGGAAUGGCGGAUUUAUCUACCUGAUCAUGUUGCGCCGGAUUAAACGCAAAGCUCCUCUUCCUCCGUCUAAUGGCAGCCACAGCAACACUUGUGAACCCAAAGCAAGUUCUACCUCACAGCAAACUGUUCGAGCCACACAAAAUGGAAAGAGGACUAGGAAAUUUGGGGUCAUCUCAAGGACUCCAGCUAAGGAAAGCACAGAAACUAAGGGCGGCCAGGAUCCAGUUCACGAAAAUGGACAUCAGACCCUUAUGGAUGUUGAUAGCACUCAUUCCUGUGAUGAAGCUGUUGGAGGGGAUGAGACAUCAAUUCCACAAUCUUCCCAAGAUGAAGAAGAACUCCAUAGGCACCACUUUACAAUGGCUGGAAGAACUAUAUCAAAACCAUGUGACAGUACCACAGAGCGGGAAGGCUGCUGCAUAUGGAAGAUGCAUAUGUUAAAGGGAGCAAAUGGCCUGGGAAUACAGAUUACUGGAGGCCGAGGUUCCAAGAGGUCCCCUCAUGGGAUAGUUGUGGCUCACGUAGAAGAAGGUGGAUGUGCUGACAGGGAUGGCAGAUUAAAGGCAGGUGAUGAGUUACUGAUGAUAAAUGGCCAGUCAUUGGUUGGAAUCUCUCACCAAGAAGCUGUGGCCAUUCUCCGGGCAACUGUUGGCCUUGUUCAGCUUGUAGUUGCCAGCAGGGAUGGCACCGAGGUUGACUUCUGCAAAUACCCAUCUACAAGUCUACCGGAUCUCGUCAGUGCCUGUGCGGCUCAGGAUGGCUGUCCUACUGACAACAAAGAAAAUGAAGAGCCAGACGGGGAUGACAAAGAAUGCAAUGGGAUGCCAUCAGUACCGACAGCUGUGACCGAAACAGACAAAUUGCAAGAAAAGACAUCUCCAGAAGAAAGCAGGAGUGUUUGUCGGAGUCCCACAUUAGGCAACUGUCUUCUUAAAUAUAGAAGUCGAUCUCAAGGUAGUGGUAGUCGUCUGCAGUCUGUUGGCGAAGAUGAUGAGCUGGCUGUGGGGAAUGGAGAUUCCUAUCUAGAUAAAGGAGAUAAAUAUUGCCGUGGGGGGCGAAAACAUUCCCUACCACAACAGCUGGACUCAGUGGGAUCCAGACAGGAAUAUCACAUUAUGAAGAAAACCACCAGAUCUUUAAGCACGGCGCAGGUGGAGUCCCCAUGGAGAUUAGCUCAGCCGUCUAUUAUCUCCAACAUCGUUUUGAUGAAAGGACAAGGAAAGGGCCUGGGGUUCAGCAUUGUUGGUGGACAGGAUUCUGCCAGAGGACGAAUGGGAAUCUUUGUAAAAACUAUUUUCCCAAAUGGAGCUGCUGCUGGUGAUGGGAGACUGAAAGAAGGGGACGAAAUCCUAGAGGUUAAUGGAGAAUCAUUACUAGGCCUGACACACCAAGAGGCGAUUCACACGUUCAAGCAACUUAAAAAAGGAGUAGUGACCCUGACUGUGCGCACUAGGCUCCGUAGCCCCAGCCUCACACCAUGUCCUACCCCUACGUUAAUGAGUCGAUCCAGCUCCCCAAAUUCCAAUAUAAGCCUUGGAACAUCUGUGCCCGGCACUGAAGACGGUGAUUCUGCCUCCCUGUGUCGUAAAGGGCCCGGUCCUAAGGACAGGAUAAUUAUGGAAGUAACACUAAAUAAAGAGCCAGCUGUCGGUUUAGGUAUUGGGGCCUGCUGCCUUACUUUGGAAAAUAGCUCUCCUGGAAUUUACAUCCACAGUCUCGCUCCAGGAUCCGUGGCCAAGAUGGACGGCAGAUUGAGUCGAGGAGACCAAAUUCUGGAGGCUGAAUCAGUGAGUCUUCGCCAUGCAGCACUGAGUGAGGCAUAUGCCAUUCUAAGUGAAUGUGGUCCUGGUCCUGUGAGCCUAAUCAUUAGUCGUCACCCAAAUCCAAAGGUAUCAGAGCAGGAAAUGGAUGAGGCCAUCUCUCGUACAACUCAUCGGGAAAGCAAAGAUUCUGGGUCAUCUCACAUCAUGGGGCUCCAUUCAAAAAGUCCGUCUCAUACUGUGAAGCCAAAACAAGGAGAAGGGUCAGCGUCACUCAGCUGGACAAUGAAACGGUUUCUGGAACCUGCAAGUCGGCAAGGAUCUGUGACUUCCGAAACGGAGCUCUCUCAAUACUUCCCGCAGGAUGUCCCCAGUGGCCCGUUCUGUGAGACCGCGAUCACUGGCUGUAGUGAUGAGGAGCAGCUGCUGCUGAGAAGUGCUAGCAACCCUCUUGAUGACAAUGGACCUCUUUUGAGCGCUGCAAAAGAAAAUGGAAGUAAAGGUGGGAAUGGGACAUUAGCCUUCCAGAAAAACAGGAAUGUUCCCAGCCCAUGUAAUAAGCUUAACAUUGCCACCAGACAACCUAGUCUUAAUGGGAGCCCACAAUUGUUACGCAGUCCUCUCCUACGCCAGGGACGUAUCCAAUGCUAUGAAGAUGAUGAUGCCAGUGAUGAUGAUGACUUCAAAAAUGAUGAAAAGCCCUUCAACGGGAGUAAAAAGAAACAUGCGGAUCAGGACUCUGGGAUUGUUAUGACCACACCUUCUUUGGAUGCUGACGAAGAAAUCCAAUACAGUGAGCAGACUAAAAACAGUAUUGGGGAGUCCACAAUUUCACUUCUAGGGAGCUCAGUGGAGUCUGAAGAUAGCCCUUUGGAGCAAAUGGUGGAUUCUCCAUUUUUUUCAAUGAAAUCUUUUGAAUACUCCGGAACGACUGAGGUACGUCCAAGUACUUUGGGAAUUAUGGAACCUCUGGAAGGACAGACUGAAAGCAAGAGGUCCCCUAAGCUAGAGCAUAAGGCAGUCACACGGGUGAAGAGUAUGAUGAGCACUGAAAGUCCUAAUUCCCCAAAAUUGAAGAAUGAGGAGAGUAAAUCCACUGUAAAGCAGGUGGAGGCUAUUUCACAUGCUAGAAAACUUGAAGAUACAGAGAAUGCAGUGAUGUGGAACACUGAGACCGUACAAUUGCUCUGCAGUGAAUAUGAAUCUGUGGGUCUGGAUCUGGAAAUCAAAGAAUCUCCCUUAAGCGUUACGAUAACUGGUUUACGACCAGGAAGAAACGCAGGCAAAGAAUCCAUGGGAAAGUUGAGUGCCGGAGAUGAGAUUAUAUCGAUUAAUGGUGUCCAAGUGAGCAGAAUGUCCUAUCAGGAAACAUGCGAUUUUGUCCAGUCUUUACCAUCAUCUGUAACAUUGGAAGUUCGGAAACCAGUUUCAGCUGUUGAGAGAUUGUCACAUAAAAUGGCUUCUGGGACUGACUCUCAAAGAAUUUGUGAACAAGGCAAUUCUCCUGUACUAAGAAUUGAACACAGUAUUCAAAACAAAAUGAACAAUGAUGUGGUUGAUGAUUUUCCGAUGUUUGAUUCAACAGUAACAUCUGUUGGUGCCAAAGAAGAUCACAUAGAAACUCACCUUGCUGACCAUUGUUUGGGUCCGGGUGACUGUGAUGGAAAUCUAGUUACAAACAUUGAUGAUAUUAUUAAUGGUGAUAAUUAUUGCAAUGAACCUGUUAACACUGUGAAGUAUAACCAGCCUGAGGACAUAGAUGCCACCAUAGUAACCCAGCAAGUCCCUUCUCUAGAACUGAAAUGUGAUGCAGUUCCGAAUGAAAGCAGUUGUAACAUUGCUACAAACGUCAUUGACGACAAAGAUCAUACUGAGAAAAUUGGUGGGUUUUCUGUUUUGGAUUCAGUUCCAAUGGAAAAGAAAUUUGCUGUCAACAAAAACAACUUGGGUAAUUAUUGUCGAAAUUUCAGCAGCAUGUUAGAAGAGGACUUCUCUUUGUCUGAGCAGAUUGGGAGUAGCUCAAUUGACCUGCCCAGUUCUAUGUAUGGGGCUGCAGAGGAUUCCGAUACUGAAUCCUUACUGGACAUCCCUUCCGAUUCCACAAGUGACAUGAUCUCCUCUCUCCAAAACCAUUCUUGCGUUUCUGAAACACAAGGCACCACCACAGAUUCUGAGGAAGAGCAAAUUGAAAUAUGUUGCAGUAAAAGAAAUGAUGAUGCUGGGAUGCAGGAUAGUAUGAGCUUCUUUUAUCAAUCACUAACAUUUCCAGGUGAAUCUAAGGAAUUCAAACGGCAACCAGUGUGUCAAGAAGUCUCAGAUUCUUCCAGUUCUUUCUCAGGGUCAGUAAAUCACAAUCCUGUUAUAGACAAGGCAAACAUUGCUCAGUCAAAAGUUUCUCAAAUGGUACUAAAACAUGAUUCUCAGGAAAGACUAGAAGUAAUCAGCAAUGAGAAGAGUGCCUUAAAAACAAAAGAUUGUGUGGAACAUGAAGAAAAGGAUUGUGUUAACAGAGAUUCUAACAGUACAACGGUGCCUUUUUGCAAGGAUACAGUGAAUAUAAUCUCAAUAAAAACUUUAUGUGUUGAAUCAAAAGACACUGUAGCGCAAAGUGAUUGUGGAGGCCAAAGAAUGAUACCUUCCUCUGGUUACUUAAGUUUGAAUGAAAAUGAAAAACAUGACAAUACGAGGGGUGUAGCAGUAGAUACUUGUUCUCAGGAAUCUCCCAGUGCCAUAACAACAACUACUAGUAAAACGUGCCAUUUGAAAACAUCUAAUGAUAAAUUCAUGCAUAGUAAAACAGACACAAAAACACUAAAAUCCUCAGCAAUAAAGAGCUCUGUUGUAGAUAGACAUAAGGUAAAUGGGCCUGUAUCAAAACUGAAUGCUGAAAACAAGAGGUGUUUAGGUAACAACAUUGAGUUGUUGAGCACUCAGGUAUCUAAAGCGGGGCCAAAGUUGAAAGGUCUUACUAUCAAAAGUAAAAUCAGGGCAAACUCUGAUGUGGCUAAAACUUGCUCUGGUAAAAACGAAGGCCAUGACAUCUGGAAGUCAUCCCCACAGUCCUCUCCUAAACUACUACCCAAGAGGGCCUCUAUGGCAGAGAUGUCUCCAGCCAGAGAAUUGAGCAGCAGGAGCUCUGGUGUUCCAAAGUCUCAAGAGUAUGAUUCAAAACACAAAACAGUAUUACCUUUCCCUAAACUCGAAGACCCUUCAAACGCCUGUGCAAACCAGAGUACAAGUGGGACUGCCAUCAGUUGUAUCAAUGGUAAAUGUAGCCAAGAAUCCAGUGGUAUAACUUCCUUAUCUCAAAGUGAAUAUAAAAGUGACUAUGGAGUAAUUGAAAAAAAUUCAAGGGUGGAUCUGGCUAAAUGUAUAGAAAGUAAAGUAACAUCUACAAAACCAGGGCAUGGAGUGGGAAAUAACCAGUGUCCUAACCAAACAAGAAGUAAUGCCAAAGGCAACAUUUCAAAUAACUGUAGCAAGUUAACUGGGGAAGUGAUUACAUCACACAACGGAUUGCAUCCAACUAACACUCUCAAAGUCCAUGAAGACCCAUUAGACAGCCAUGAAAAUAAACGUACAUCUAUGGAAGUUAAAUUGUCUCCUUCUUCAUCUCCUUCACACCAUUCCUCUUUAAAACAAAACUAUAGCAAGACUCAGAUCAGUGACCUUAUUCCUAAGGUCACACAAGGCACUUCUGUUUUAGAGAAGUCGGUUAUCUUAUCAAAGCCAGUGACCAGGACAUUUUCCGUACCAACCGAAUUUUCCAAUUUUAUGGAUCAGGAAAUGGCAAAAGAAAGUCUUGCUGAUGACUAUCCCACUAUGGAUGCAUUAGAUCAUAUGUUGGAUUGCAGUUUACAAGAAUCUUGGCUACAUAUUCGUAAUCCAAAUUUAAAGUCUAAAAAAGAUUUUCAAAAACCAUAUGAUGAUCAUCAAUUUGCAAGUGAAAAGAAUUACCUUAGAAGUGACACAUUAAGAUCUAUUAAAAGAAACUAUUAUUAUGAACUUCACUGGCCUCAUGAGGCCGCAUCAUCAUUGACUGUGAAGCAAAGAAUCAAAUCUUUUGAAAAUCUGGCAAAUUUUGAUAAAAGUGUAAUGAAAGUUGUUGAUAUUAAUAACUAUACGUUUUCUUCGAAGCCUCCUCUAAACAGAAGAUCUUCUAGUUCUAUUGUCCAGAGUACAAAUUCGAGUGAUACCCCUAGAAUUUUGAGGCGCAGUUUGAGUUCUUGCUGUGAGGGCCAAACUGGUGCAACCUUAGAAUCACAAAUGAGAAAAUCUCCCUCAAGCAUGGCCUUGACAUUUGCUGACAAGAUUAUUGAAGACCGCCCAAAAGAAACACUGAUAUAUGAAAAAGGUAGCAUGGAGAAAAAAGACUCUGUAGAACAAACUGUGAAAAUCAGGAAGUCUAGGCCUUCUGCAAGUCACAUACGCCCAUUUUCUUUGUCUCGUUCUAAGCUGCGAGAAUUAAGAGCCUUAAGCAUGCCCGAACUGGACAAAUUGUGUACAGAGGAUUUUUCUGGUGAAACAAAUGCCCCUCAAUAUAAAACAGAACUUGAGAUUACACCAAAAAGAACAAUCGGUACUGAAAAUGUGAACACUCAUAACAACCCUUCCAAAAGUAACCGUUCAAGUUCUAAAGAUCCUUCUGGUUCGGUACAUUUUACAGUAGAUGGUGAGAACAAAAAUGAUGGGACACUAUCAAAGAAAUCAUGGUCAGUUAGCUUGGAUCAACUAAUCGUCUCGACUAGAGACCAACAAAAGCUGCAGGCUGUUUUGACUUCUGUAACAUCCAAAUCAGAUAUCAUAACUCUGAUUCAAGAAGCGAAAACACAAGCGGAGAAGAAAGAAGAUGUCUUCUUUGUUCUACUCAAUAAGGAAGAGGGAGCUGGACUGGGAUUUAGCAUUGCCGGAGGUACAGACCUAGAGCAGAAAUCCGUAACUGUUCACAGGGUUUUUGCCAAGGCCACGGCAUCCCAGGAAGCUAUCAUUGAGAGAGGUGAUUGUGUCUUGUCCAUCAAUGGCUACUCACUACGUGGAUUGUCUCAUGGAGAUGCCCUCACUUCCCUGCACAGGACUAAGCCACACAAAGAAGCCGUCGUCGUGAUCAAAAAAGAAAGAGAUGGGGAGAGGCUGUCCCGAGUAGACAAGUCUGCCACAAGAGGAAGACAUUUAACAUCUGGCCGAGAUGUCUCUAUGGCAACAGAACCAGCCAAUGUUGAUUUAAUUGAUGCAAUUUGUGUUGAGCUUCAGAAGACGUCGGCAGGCCUUGGCUUCAGCCUAGAUGGAGGGAAGGCCUCAAUUUAUGGGGACAGACCACUGUUUAUUAAAAGACUUUUUAAAGGUGGCGCUGCUGAGCAAGCUGGGAGAAUCGAAGCUGGUGAUGAAAUCAUUGCUAUUAGUGGAAAACCUUUGAUUGGCCUAAUGCACUACGAUGCCUGGAAUAUCAUUAAAGCAGUACCCGAGGGUCCGGUUCAGUUACUGAUCAGAAAGCAUAGGACUGCUGUUUGAUAUAACUGCCCUCACUGUGCUGUUCACCCAAAACUAUUUUCUUAAACUGUUGGUGCAGUGAAUGGCUGGAAAUGUUCAUAGUCUCUCACCCAUUAGUAGGAUCUCUAAGCGACCCAUCUAGCAUUAACCAUGUUGUAUUGUGUCUGUGUGCAUUGUUUAAGUGCCGGUUUUCCCUUCAGUUCUAACAUCUGAUGACCUUUCGCUGGCUCUUUGACUCCAUUGCUACCAGAUGAUCAUUUAGAUUUGAGCUGAAUUAGUCAAGUCCUUUUUUUUAUACCAUACAGUAAGGAAGACAAAUCUUGUUUCUCGAUGCCACAAGUUUGCUAGUUACCAGGUGAUGAUAUGAAAACACACCAUCUUUUUAAACACCUGUUCUCAUUAUGUACUGGAAACAGAAAUGCAUUGUUUUUAUAUUUUGUUAUAAGCAGCUGAAUUCCCUUGUAUUCUUGACCUUGACUUAGGAUGUGUUCCUGCUCCGGAAUAUCCCCAGACAGAUGUUAUCAUUCUUUAAUCCAUUUACCUCUUCAUAAAAAUCCCAUUCCGCUUCAUUCAUUUUAAACAACUGGUAUUUAAGAUUGUUACUAUUUCUCAACCAGCCUCCAUAUCCUAAGAGCAAGUAUCCAAUCCCUACGUGCAAGGAUGGGUUAACUGAAUCCCUACAGGUGUUACAGACUACAAUUGUCACAUAGCUCAGCCAGACCAUAGGGUGGCUCAGUAUUUUGGCCAUUAUAGUCUACGUCCCUUGGAGUACAGAAGGAAGGCCACAUGCUGCAGGGAAAGUUUUAGAAAACAAAUUCAAAAUGAAAUAAAGUAUCAAAUGAAAGCUCAAAUUCCCCAGAUUUGGAUGGAUAUGGUAAUUUGCUGUACUUAACAUUUUUUUUUUUUUUUAUCUGAAGACUUUAAAUGACCAGUGUGGCUGUAUAGAAAACAACAAUGUGCAAAACACAAAGUUAAAGUGCACCCUCCAGAAACAAUACAAAUCGAUAUAAUCAAAUAAUUGAUUCUUAUAUAUGUACACAACGCAGAUGGCAAGCGAAUCUCAGCAGUGCCUAAAAAAAGAACAAUAUAAUACAUAGUGUGUACGGUAGGAUAAAAGUGAAUGAUGAAUAAUAAAUGGUUGCACUCACGAAUUCCAGAGCAGUCUCAGGCUCUGUAUAAAAAGGCUAAUGGUGAUUAUCCAUGGACCACUGUGGUAGAUCGCUUGCCAUCUGCAUUGUGUACAUAUAUAAGUAUCAAUUAUUUGAUUAUAUAUUUGUAUUGUUUCUGGAGCGUUCACCUUUACUUUGUGUUUUCCACAUUGUUGUUUUCUCUAUUUCUAUUACAUAGGUGUUGGGGAUACACCUAUUUACACCCUCCAUACACCUUAUACCUAUUAGAAGCGCCACACUUGUACCUAUCUGACAGUGUGGCAGUAUAUAUAUAAUUUUUUUCUGGCGUGUUAUUGAGGUUUGUAAUUAAUGAACUUUUAAUUUACUGAUGUUUUAAUAUCACUCUUUAAUGCCAGAAGUGGCAUUUUACAUAGGACAUUCAGAAUGAAUUCAUCGAUUACAUGAUGUAUGUGUAUAUUUUGAUUUUCUUGUGGCAGACUGUGACCAAAAUCAAGAAACCACAUGAUAAUCGUUUGUAAUUAAAUAUGUUUAUUUAUUUUACUUGCUCUUUUUUUUUUUUGCUUGUACAUUGGCCAAUGCGUUGAUUAUCUAUUGUACCAUUAUGUUUUAAGCUAAACUGAAUAUUGUAUAUAUUCAUUUCAAAGUGAUGCUGAAAAUAUUUAACCCAUUGAUUGAACAAGUAUUGAAAAUUGAACCGCCAACUUGAUGCCAAAAUGACAGAGAAAAAAAAACAUUCAGUUGUUACAUUCUGGGAGUUACAAACUUGCUGCGUCAUAUUGAUGACAUUUAAUGAGCAACUAUCACAUUCGCCAUAAAAUAUUUUGUAAUCCAACAAUUGAAAAUAACUGUGUUAAUGAGUUUGCCAGUGUUGGUCCUCAUUGAAUUGAAUGAAGACUCAGCUUGAAAUC